CAGCAGUGUGCCACUAAAGCUCUCUCACUUGGAAACCACGUUGGUUAGGGUUUAGCAGGGCCAGCAACAUCUGUGUACUUCUCAGCAGCCAUAAGCCUUUAAGACAUGGAAUCGUCUUCUUCACUUAUAUGCAACACAAAGAAAAGGAAGAUCCAAGCCCCCGCAGCUCAAGAGGAGACCAAAAAACCGAAGAUAGAGCCGGGGAGAGAUGAAGUGAUGCAGCCUGGACCGUUGUCUAGUUCACCUAGAGUUUCAGUGCGAUCUGACCACCUGCAGCAACCAAUCUCACUGACCGAGCUGGCUGAGCUCAUACAUUUCGCUGCUCUGGGUAGAUCAGCAGGCCUGCAACAGCCCAGUUGGUGCCGUCUCAGGCAUCACAGAAAGGUCAAGGGGGUAAAUAUUAUGAUCGUGGAGGGCCUGACGCAGAAUCUCUUUUAUAAGAAUUACCUCAUCAUGAAGCACCUCAGAAGUAGCUACUCCACAAGGAUGACUUUCACGUCACCGUCUAACAGUGUAGCAUCUGGAAUCUUUGCCAGUGAAGUACCUAAAGUCGGCUUCUUAUCUGCCCCCAAACCAGAUGAUAAGCUUAAAAAAGCUCUGAAACAUCAUCCAGUUGUGACCAAAUAUGGGACGGAGAAGAAAGGAUUAACGGCAUAUGUUCUAACCCCGGAGGAGAUGAUAAAAAACCAUUAUCCUGUUAAAGGGUUUGCGGGUUUCGAGGACUUUCUGUGCACGGAUGCAGUCGACUGUGUUUCUGACGGCAGUCCUCUAUUUGGACUUGACUGUGAAAUGUGUCUAACAGAAAAGGGCUACGAGCUGACACGUGUCUCUCUGGUGGACAGCUGUGGGAAGUGCAUCAUGGAUGACCUGGUGAAACCGCAGAACCGUGUCCUUAAUUAUCUCACCAAGUUCUCUGGCAUCACUGCAGCAAUGUUGCGUCCCAUCAAAACCACUCUGAAGGAGGUGCAACAUAAACUCAGGAAGCUGCUGCCGCCGGACGCCGUGCUGGUGGGCCAUUCCUUGAACAAUGACCUUGCGGCUCUGAAGCUCAUCCAUCCACAUGUGAUCGACACAUCGCUCCUGUACAAACGAGAACUCGGGCAGAAAUUUAAACUCAAGGUUCUGGCUGACGUGGUCCUAGAUCGGAAAAUUCAAACCGAAGAGAGGAAAGGCCACAAUCCCAUCGAGGACGCCGUGGCGGCCCUGGAGUUGGCUCAGUACUUCAUAGAAAGGGGACCUUGUCAGGUUGUUGAGCUCCAUCUAGGGGAUCUUUGGGGAUACAACCUGGAAGAAGAGCCCUCCGACUGCACUUCUGUCCCCACGCCAAGUUUCAGGUUUGCUGAUGUUCUGCAGACUCUGGGCCGCUCAGUAACCUUUUUAGGAAAGCGAGCUGACAUUAGUCUGGAUCUGUCCAAUCAGCAGUGGUACAUCUCUGACAAAGAAAUGCUGGCGUCUUUCAAAAGGCAGACCAAGAAGCCGUUCCUCGCUGUCCUCCAGUUUUCCUCGUUUUUGGACCACAUACAGAGAUGCUUCCCUGACCAGCAGCAGCAGCUGCACCGGAGUGUGCACAACCACCUCCGGGGUAUGUGUGUGCUGUUUGCUGGGCCGUUCCCUGCAGGUUUCUCCGAGAGGAACGUGAAGCGGCUGUUUGGCCGCUGUGGACCAGUUCGAAAAAUCCAGAUGCUGAACACCAGUGUCAGAGUCCAUGCAGAGGUUGAGUUUGAGCUGCUGGAAGGAGCUGUGCUAGCUUUAAAAACUUUAAAUGGACUGAGUGUAAAGGGCCAGCCCAUUAAGGUUCAGAGGCCGGUGUCUGAGUCCACCUUAGACCUGGAUGUGAAUCUUGAUGCGUUAGCGUGCGACGCUCUGAAUUCCAGUCUUCUCUAUGCUGUUGAAGGGAGGCACAGCAUGAACAUGUCUGCACAGGUCAAUGGACGCAGUUUAAAUGGCAAACGCUUAAGAGCAGAAAAUGGGUUUUCGGCUGCAAAGCUAAAUGGACAGUUGCCCCUUGAAAUGUCUGAAGAUACUGUCAGAGAUUCGUUUGGUCGCUUUGGUGCAGUGAAGAGAGUCACAGUGCCAGGAAAACCCGAAAAAUGUGCAAAACAUGCCUUCAUAAGAUUUGAAAGUCCAGAGGGCAAAAAUGCAGCUGUCAGCUCCUCCGAAGAUCUACAGCAAGACAACUACCUCAUUUGCCCAUCCCUGACUCCGCCCCACUUAGUCUCAUGGGUUGCCGCGACAACAUCGACAGAAGACACAGAUGAGAAACAGAAGAUGCUUAACAUUUGUUCUCAGGAAACACAAAACACAAAACCUGUGGAGCAGAAUCAAGGAACCGAUGUCAUAAUGAGAAAGCUGGACCGGCAGCUGGGAAAGGUCUACCGAUCCCUCCCAGAUGGUACUUUAUCUGUAGUGUUACUGCUUGGACCAAGCAGCAUGGAGGGGAAACUUCCUGGUUUGUGUCUACUGGAGGUUAAAUAAACGAAAACAAAAUCUUUUCUUUAGCCGUCUUGCAACCAAUUUGACUAAGGCGAAUAAAAGUUGUGAAACUGUGGCCUGCUGUAUAAAACUGCACAAGGAUUUUGUGUUUUUGUCUAGAUUUAUGAAGUUCUGCUCAUACAUAGUAUUAAUAUCCAUACUCAUUCAAAUGAUGAACGUUCAUAAAGACUUUACAGACUAUGGUAUAGAGAAGAAAUGGCUUUAAAGUUUUUAUUAGAUAAACUAAAUGGAAAAACAACAUGUGUUGGAGCCAAUAGGAAACUAGUACAUGGAAUAAAAAUGAGUAUAUUUGGGAGCCAAAGGUAGUUUUCUUGUACAUUAAGGUAUAAUUUGAUAUACCAUAUGAUGAGCAGUAAACGAGUUAAGACAGAAACAUUGCUUUCUUUAAUGGAUUUCCUCUUAAGAUAGUUUUUGAAUUGCAAUGGUAUUUUCAUACAAUGCCUUCCAAUAAGUGUUAUUUAUUAUGUCAACUGGAAUUUUGAACACAUUGAAAUUUUAAUAAACUGAGUAAACAGUGA